UCAAGAUUCUCAUGUUUACGCUUAUGCGCCUAUGCAAAAGUGUGUGCUCUCCGCUUAAUUCGUUAUUUACCGGCUUUUCACAAGAGGUCGGAGAUCUGCUGAUCCUAACCUCGAAUACCCGGUGCCAUUCAAAGCGACGAAGAGGAAGAGAAGAGUCUUGCUGAUCUUUAAAGUAAAGUUAAAAUUAAUUAUAAUUAGCUCGAGCUUAAAUAAAUGGAUCGUACCAGUGUAGGAAGUUCAUUAGGAAGGAUGAUAUCCUCUCCUAGAAAACGAAUUUCGAUGGUUCAUUCAUUGAAGAAAAACAGUUCUUCCACAAGUGUAUCAGGGCGUACAAAUCAGUCUAUACAAGUAAUAUGCAGAACACAGAGUCAUACAGUAGAAAGUUUUGGCUCUCCACUGCCAGUUUUAGUUACUGAGGCAUUAACAUUUGUGGAUCGGAACACAACUGUCAGUGUUAAUGUGUCCGAAGAUGGUUGGGCUUGGCUGGUGUAUGGUCGCAAACUACUUGUAUGGCAAUGCAAAGUCAAUAUUCAUGAUCCUAAGCAGAGAAGAACCUUCAAAACACAGUGUCGUGAACUGUUGUUGCCUCAAAGUGAUUUGGCACAUAAAGCGAAUUGUAUCGCAGUUUGGGUACCUUCUAAUCAACAGGUACCUAGCUGCAUGGCAGUCUCUCCAGAAGGAGUGGUACGUUUCUGGGCUAGUAUAGCACACGAAGGAUCUUCCGUAGAGACCAGUGCUGAGCUCGCAGGACAAGAAGUGGGUUGUCUUAUACAUGUACCAGGUCAUGGGUGUAUUCUGGCCACGACCACGUGUACAGUGGCGUUAUUACAGCCGCAGUAUAGUAAUGGAAAGAACAAUAUCACCUGCCAGGUACUUCGAACAAGCCAAGGAUGGUUCGGUGGCAUAGGUCGUAGAAUGACCUCCCUUAUCUUUGGCGCGAUGCCACAAUCACCCGUUGCAGAAACAAAAUUGGUGAAGGUCACCUGCACGUCGCUAAGCGAGGGAGGCUCCAGAGUCCUUAUCCUCGCUGGAUCUUCUUUGCAAUAUUGGUUCUUUUCUCCCAACGAGCAGGAAAAGAUGGAGUUCGACGAAGACAUCACUCACAUCGUUCAACAGGCGUUCCAGAGAAAGAUUUGGGAAUCCAGCCCUCAAAGUAUGGACACGUGGUUCAUCGAUAUGCAAACGUGCGACGAAGGAAUAGUCCUUUUAAUGGCAGCUUUUGCCGACACAUUCGUCAUUCAAUUUGCUCUUGGAUUGUUACCUUUGGUCGACACGACGCUGUCGCAUUCAUUCAAAUGGUUCAUACCGAUCAAGAUAGAUCCGUUAUUGUUCUAUCACAACGAUAUAGAGUUUACGCUGAUGUCCUAUCACUUUGUGCUAUGUGGCUGGGAGGCAAUUAUAUACAACCAGCACAACGUACUCGUCAUCAACACCGCGUCCGAGAUCGAGCAGGAUAAGAUCGAUCUGGUGAGAGGAGGCGAGGACAGUAUAUUAGGUGGCGCGAUUUGCUCGGCGACUCCGGUGCUGUUUACAAAGAGCGUCGGCCUCGUCUCCAUCGUCCCGGUGGACUUUGCGAUGCAGGAUUUUAGUUAUGCGGACGCCAGUACUACCAUGAGUAUGGAUUAUAGUUACAAGGUGAAUCAGACGCAUCAUACGGCGCAGAACUUCUCUACUCUCAUAAGCAAUGACGAACUUCAAGAUAUGUACUGCAGCUCUGAUGCGACUAUGCAGCUGCGUGCCGCGUUCCUUCUGAGUCUGCGCCAGAAUAAAGUACAGUGCAAUGAGAUUCUGUCUCAGCUCUUCUCUUUGCAAGAGGACCCGGUGAUGGACGUCGAUCCCACCCUUGACACCCUCGUUCUCAAGGUCGCGAGGGAUCUGAUCGACGAUUAUCCGGCGAACGAUCCGAGAUGGACGAAUCACAGGGAUCUGUCUGUGACGAUUAACGCGAUCACCUCUAUGCAGAUACCUCAUCAACUGGAGGGUAAGCAGGACGCGUUGGAUCUCUUCGACAUGUUCCUGAAGAAGUGCAACUUGUGGAGCAAGUUCUGCGCGGUCACCUGCAGAGGGACUAUCAUGUCCACCUCUUACGUGCUCGGCGAAUACUCGGAGAAGGUGGUCGCGGCGUUGACCUUGUACAAUUUACAAAACAGAUACCCCGAGGUCAUAGACCCGGUCAUGGAUCAGACAUUGAAGCAGAAGGAAGCCCGUUUAUCCGACGAGCUCACGGCGCGGGAUAUCUUCUACCGCGAAGUGAGCACGGUACACCUGUUCCUGCUGACUUUGGUGGAGAACGCGUGCGAGAUCGCGCAAUCCGAGAGACCCCUGCAACAAGUCGGGCAGUACAUCGUCCAGAUCAACACUAUCCUGUUGACUGUACUGUACGAGGUGGUGAAAUAUCGUCAGUAUAACGCCGAGCGCUUCGUUCCCGCGAAGUUCUCCAACGAGACCGAGUAUCUACCUUGGACGGCGGCGCCGGGCAAGGAUGGCUUGAGAAAUUGUCUUAACACGAUGCAGGGUAUCACUCUUAAGUACGGCAUAACCGGCACCGGCGAUUCCGCCAUCAAGAACGAACUGUACGAGCAACUGGUCAGCUUGAUCGACCUGAUCCUGGACGGGAAGAAAUGUCAUUUGGAGAGCAUUCGCGGUACGGAGAAGUUCGAGGUGCUCUUGAAGCAGUACGAGGCGGAACGCGCUAAUCUUAUACAGCCGCUGAUCAAGGAGGAGCAGUACGACAACGCCGCGAUGCUGGCCGAGAAAUACUGCGACUUUCCCUCGCUCGUGCAGAUCUGCGAGUUGACCGGCAACAAGAAUCGGCUCGACGGCUACGUGGAGAAAUUCGCGGCUCAGGACUUCGCCGGUUUCCUGUUCUCUUGGUACAUAAAGAACGGACGUCAGGGACAGCUGAUCGAGAGAUGCAGACGCGGUGGGACUGCGGAACUGACCGAGAAGCUGUCGGAACAUCCCACCUUGUCCUGGGUACAAGCGGCGUUGACCGACGAACUGCAGCUGGCCGCGAAUACACUUCUGGUCCUGGCGGCUCAGGAGUACGAGCUGAUAGUACGUAAGAAGUCGAUGCUGUCGCUGGCCAAGCUGGCUCUGCUCGCGUCGGAUGAGCUGGAAGACAAGGUAGCGGAAUGCACGAGGACCAUCAAUAACGAGCUGACUCUCGUGGCUUACCAGGAGGAUCUGCCGGCGCAGGUACUCGCCAUGUACGGUUACGACAUCAAGAAUCUGCGGGUGCUCGCACCCAGGGAACUGAUUAUGCUGUACACUUCGAGCGACAACGCUAUAGCCAACGAGUACGAUUUCAAGAAGGCUUUGGACUUGCUCGACUACGUGGAAAAUGAGGAGGAUAGAUUGUCCUUAAGAUUGCAAAUCUGGGCGCGCGCCGCUCGGCGAAAUCAGUGGGACACCAUAGAGAAUAAUCCCGAGCAACAGGUGCAAGAAACGCUUUUCUUCAAACUGAUGGAUCUUACGUAUUUCAUGGGUGGAAAAGCGGAUGAAUUUCUACCAUGCAUCGACAUGCUUCUGAAAGAAUCGGAGCUUGGAGAACUCGCUACCUCGAACAACUUUCAGUUUCUUAUAAAAUUGAUAUACGAGUACGCUUAUCGAAAUUAUUAAAUGAGGAAAAGCUAUUCAUGAGGAUAAUAAUUUGUAUUUUGUAUAACAAAGUAACGAUGUUGAAUAGCGAAGCGGCAGUAUUAUGUGAUAUAUUUUAGCUUUUCUCACAUUAAAUUCAUUUAUAGUUAUUUAUAUUAUAAUGUCAAUUAUUUUUAU